GGCGGCGGGCGCGGGUGGCCGAGCGGAGCCGAGCGGAGCCGAGCCGGGCCGAGCCGGGCCGAGCCGGGCCGGGCCGGGGCCCAAGAUAGCAGGCACAAUGCGGGCAGCUGAGCAGGGGUCGGCGGGUCCCUGAGCCCCGUGCACCGGGCAGCGAGAGAAGCCCGGCGCAGAGCCCACGGCUGCCCGCCAUGGCCGGGGUCAGCUACGCGGCGCCCUGGUGGGUGAGCCUCCUGCACCGGCUGCCGCACUUCGACCUGCGGUGGGAGGCCACCAGCAGCCAGUUCCGGCCCGAGGACACCGACUACCAGCAGGCGCUGCUGCUGCUGGGGGCCGCCGCCCUGGCCUGCCUGGCCCUAGACCUCCUUUUCCUGCUCUUCUAUUCCUUCUGGCUGUGCUGCCGGCGGCGGAAGACCGAUGAACACCUGGAAGCGGACUGCUGCUGCACCGCCUGGUGCGUCAUCAUAGCCACGUUGGUCUGCAGCGCGGGCAUCGCAGUGGGAUUCUACGGCAACGGGGAGACCAGCGAUGGAGUUCAUCGAUUCACCUACUCGCUCCGACAUGCCAACCGCACAGUGGCAGGAGUCCAGGACCGUGUGUGGGACACGGCUGCGGCCCUGAACCGCACAGCAGAACCCAACCUACAGAGCCUGGAGCGGCAGCUGGCCGGGCGACAGGAGUCACUGAGGGCUGUGCAGCGGCUGCAGAGCCUGCUGGGGACACUGUUGGGCUACACUGCCGCCAUCCCCUUUUGGAGGAACCCCGGCGUAUCACUGGAGGUGCUGGCUGAACAGGUGGACCUCUAUGACUGGUACAGGUGGCUGGGGUACCUGGGCCUGCUGUUACUUGACGUUAUCAUCUGCCUCCUCGUGCUGGUGGGCCUCAUCCGCAGCUCCAAGGGUAUCUUGGUUGGGGUCUGCUUGCUGGGUGUCUUGGCCCUGGUCAUCAGCUGGGGUGCAUUGGGCUUGGAGCUGGCCGUGUCUGUGGGCUCCAGCGACUUCUGCGUGGACCCUGACACCUUUGUGACCAAGAUGGUGGAAGAGCACUCAGUACUGAGUGGGGACAUUUUGCAAUACUACUUGGCUUGCUCGCCCCGUGCCACCAACCCCUUCCAGCAGAAACUGUCGGGCAGCCACAAGGCUCUGGUGGAAAUGCAGGAUGUCGUGGCCGAGCUGCUAAGGAGUGUCCCAAGGGAGCACCCAGCCGCCAAGGAUCCCUUGCUCCGAGUCCAGGAGGUGCUAAACGGCACAGAGGUGAAUCUCCAGCACCUCACCGCCCUGGUGGACUGCCGCAGCUUGCACCUGGACUACGUGCAGGCGCUGACAGGCUUCUGCUACGAUGGUGUCGAGGGCCUCAUCUACCUGGCGCUCUUUUCCUUCGUCACAGCCCUCAUGUUCAGCUCCAUCGUCUGCAGCGUUCCACAUACCUGGCAACAGAAGAGAGGCCCAGAUGAGGAUGGAGAAGAAGAGGCUGCUCCAGGGCCACGGCAGGCGCACGACAGCCUUUACCGAGUGCACAUGCCCAGUUUGUACAGCUGCGGUAGCAGCUACGGCAGUGAGGCCAGCAUCCCAGCCGCCGCCCACACCGUCAGCAAUGCCCCGGUCACUGAGUACAUGAGCCAGAAUGCCAAUUUCCAGAAUCCCCGCUGUGAGAACACCCCCCUCAUUGGGCGCGAGUCCCCACCGCCCUCAUACACCUCCAGCAUGAGAGCCAAAUACCUCGCCACAAGCCAGCCUCGCCCCGACUCCAGCGGCAGCGGGCACUAGACUGCACACCGGCCAGCCAUCUGCCCCCACGUGCCAAUUGCCCCACCCUUCCUAUGCCAGCACUGCUGCUUCCACCCUGCCGGACCCUCUGCAAGCCGCACCGGGCCAGCCCUAGGCUCAUCUGAAGCCCCCCACUGUACCCACCCUGCAGGAGGCAUGUAGGUGCCCAGCAUGAGCUCUGGGCCAGCCUGAGAAGUGAGACUUCUGGGCACUCACCUGGACAGACACUGCCACCAGCAACCCGACCCUGCCUGCCUCCAUCUCCCCCGUCCCUCUGUCCUCUUGGGCUCUCUGAGCCCUGCUCUGUGCCAGGUGCUUCCGCCCCCACGUUCCUUCUACAGGUGGCUCUCCAUGCUGUCCCUUGCACUCUGGGAGCUCCCUUACCUCCAGCUGCACCGAACCUUUCCUGGUAUUGUCCUGGUCCCUGACCCUUCUGAGGAUCCUUUCUCCGUUCGUAGGCAGUGGAAGCCCCCGUGCCUGGUGCCCACCUCCUGGUGCCCACCUGGUGCCCACCUGCUCAUCACUGAGUGGCCCCUUCACACACUCUUGUCUUUGCAACAUCCAGCGGCUGCCUCCUUUUAGCCACCCGGCUUCCUUGGCCCUUCCUGUCAGUUCUGAGCUGCCUCCAGGGUGGGGCUCUUCCUGCACCUCCUACCCACAUGAUUCUCUCCUUCAGCACCCCACCAGCCCUCCCCGGACAGCGGGUGCCACACAGAGCCCAGGUCACUCGCUGGCCUCUCAGUGCUGGCUGCCUUCUUGGUGCCAAACCCUCUUUCCCGUUCGUCCUGAAGAGUGGCAGCUUCGUCCCCUUGGGUUCUGCACUGACCACAUUUGUCAUCUCCAGGGCAGUCUGGGACAUAGGCGAAGCAGGACACUGCCCACUUCCCUUCCUUCUCAGUUUCAUUCUUGCCCAGGACAAGCGGCAGUACCCUCUGGAGCCUUGGGGGCUGGACCUGAGAUGGCUAUGAAUGUGCCCCCAGCCUCAGAAUGCCGCUGUUGGGACUAACCACUAACCUCAGAUGCCACGGGCACUCCUGGCUGCCCCUGAGCCAGCAAGCAUGACCCUAAGUCUAGCCUGGAGCCAGGGCUAAAGUGGUCAUUUCUUUGUGGGGUGCUGCCGGGGGGGGCCAGACCCACAGGCAACUCAAAGGGCCUAGAGACCCCUCCCUAGGCAGGUGCUGCCCCAGGAGGAGCAUGUCUGGGGGCCUGGGCUGUAGUCCACGCGGCCUCAGUCCCUACCCCGGAACACGGCUCUCCUAAGGUGCUUUUGGCUUUAGUGUGUGAUGUUUGCUGUGCUUCCUGCUGUGAGGGGCCGAAUCAGCUCCCCAAUCAGGACCUGGAGCCUCUACCCUGGCCCAGCCAGCCAGUGUGAGCUCUGGCCUGUGGGAUGGGCAGCUACAGGGCUGUGGAGCAGCUUGUGCAGGUAGCCAAGACUGGGGCCCUGUGGUGGGAGGUGGUUUACAGACCUGUGGCCCUCCUAGAGCAACCUGGCAGCUACAGACCCCAGAACCCCGGGCUUCAGCUCUCCCCAGAGGGGAGAGGUUCCACAUUCCCUUCCUUCUCAACCAACAACCCCUUCCUUUGUGCUGGUGUCUGGGACCAAAAGGAGUCGGCAGAGGACUCACUGGGCCUAGGGGUCCAAGUCUGGGCGUCUGUAGCUCCUGAGCAUGACAGAACCUCAGUGGAGGGGACCCUGCCUUUGCCUCCAACUGGUCUGGUGCCGGGAACCUACAGGGCCAUGGAGGCCCAACUGCAGCCACCCUGGGUGUGUUCCUGGCCUCAGGUUCAGAGGGAGGCAUGGGGCACCCCUGCCUGGGUGCCUGGGUGUGCCCUGGGGCCUCUCAGAAGCACAAAUGCUGCCCCCUGGCCGUGAGCUGGCCACAAGGUGAAUGUAUAUAGCAUGAGAGGCGGGCACUGCCCGGAUGUGGCUGUGAACUUGUGCUGUCUUGGGAGUCCUGACCGUCGUGUGCGUGCGUGCCCCCAUCUGUGACUUUUCACUCACCGAGGCUGAAGAAAGGAAACAAGGGGAAAUAAAAGGGGGUUCCUACCCUGACCUCUGCGGA